AUGUUUUCCUACUCGCCCUUUCACUCAGGAGCCUUUGCGCGGCCAGAACCGAUUGCCUUGAAUGAGCCAGCUGGUGAUUUGGUUGCGACAACAGUGUUGGAUCACUUUUUCGUCAGUUAUCCACAGUUUGGGAAGAAGGAAGGUGAAGAAAAGGAAAAGUUGGUUUACUUUUGGCCUUCAACCGAAAACGACAAGAGAAAGGUGAGCUAUCAUUGUGAGAUUGUACACAAUGAUAUUUUUAAAACACGUUUUGAAAAUCUAGCGUUUUUAAAAGUAUGGACUCUUUAAGGAAUGUUAUAGUAGUAAAUGAGAGGGCCUUAUACUUUCCGUUGGAACUUCUAGGAAAAUUUUUAGAAUCACUUGAUUUUUUGAUAUAAGUAAGGUAAUAUAUUGGGCAUUAGAACAGUUAAACGAUAUUUUAAAGUUUCGAUUUAUAAUAAAGUUAGAAGCAUCUUCUCUUAAGCGUGUUUUGCUUCAAGUAAAGGUAAUUGUAGAUAAGGCAACUUUUUAAAUAUUUUGAUAAGAUCCUCAGUUUUACAUUUUCAGUUAGAGUUGGCUAGUUUCUGUGAAGGUGUGAUCAACUUUACAAAUGAGUUUCGGACAGAUGAGUCAUCAGAACAUAGGUUUUUGACGUCACAACAUUUGGUGUCUCUGAUUCUGCCUAUCGAAGGAGGAUUUAUAAUUGGAGCUGCUUUUAAUAAGUAAGAAUAUGAGUUUGCAUAUUUAAACUAGAUCUUAUAUGCUGAUUAUUAGAAAAUUAUUAUAGCGAAUAGUAAUGAAAUUCAAUUUUUUGUGAGUAAUAAUAAAAUUAAAUUUCAGAUCAAAUUCAGAAGCAGCCAACUUUUUCCCACACGAAGGGACAUUACUCACCACUGUCAAGCGAAUCUACAACACUUUCAAAUUGUUUAACCGCGACUUCGAGUACAACCUAAAGUAUGGCCGGGAGCUCUUAUGUGACAUUUUUGACUCAUUCUUCACAACAUACCUACCUACAGUCAAAUUGUCACUAAUUCCAUUGAUCGACGUCUUUGAUGGCAUUAGCUUCAUGCCAUUAGAGUCAAACUUGUUUCUUCAAACGCAAUGCUUCGUCGAACAAUGUAUGGAGCAACAACCUGACAUUCGUCAAGCAAUGUUGUUGUAUCAAAACAAACUGCUUCAGUUUUCAGUACUACGAAAGGACUUGAAGACUUUCUAUGAUAUUGUAGUAGAACAUCUGAUACCAUCGGCUUUGAAGAGCGAAUUACAGCCGGAGUCUGUGACAAAGUGGGUGGUUUUGGAGUUAAAUUUUGUAAAAUAGAUAGUUUUUUGUUUUUGUGUGUUUAAAGGGUCUGUUUGGUCAAGAACUACAUAGAAAUGUUGAAAAACGUGAGGAAAAGUAAAGAAAAUAAUGUUUUAGUGCUCAAUCUGGUCGAUUUGUCAAGUUUUCGUUUGAUUUCGCUCCAAGCAAAGGCCAUUUUCCUGUUGUAUGGGCAUUAAAUCCGGCUUCUGGAGAGCUGGAACGGUAUUAUCUUGUAAGUAACAUGUGAAAGUUUAUAAAAUUAUGUAAUUUUAGCCAAAAACCUAUGUUGUUUGGCCUCAUUUGCAAUUUUCUUCAUAUUAAUUUGAUAAAACGUCUUUUACUAGCUUUUUUUAAAUGUUUUUGGUCUUGGAGAAGAUAUGAAACGACGUAUUUUACUAAUUUGCCUUAUUUUAGGUAAUUCACCUUAAUAAUUUAUCUUAUUUUAGGUAUGUUACCGCACACUGAACGCAACCUUAAUAAUGUUGAUAAGUGAAACACAGCAAAGUAUUGAUCAGCUUCUAACUCAAUUCGGCUUCUUUCUGGCUCCACGCUUAUGUGAGCUGGCAUCGGAAAUGGCAGAGACAGUGACAGAAACGACACAACCAUUGAUAUCAGGAGUGCCAUUUCAUUUCAUCUACUAUAAUACAGAGAGCAAGUCUUUUAAGACGAGUUUGUCGUCUUUGUAUCCUUCAUCUAAUCCAAUCACGUUUACAUUGGAUAUUAUUAGGUAUGAAUUUAAAGUGAAGAAUUUUGGGUUGUUUUGAGAAGUUUGAGUCGGAGGCAGGUCGCGAAAAUGAAAACGCAGGCUGCACAAUUGAAAAAUAUUUGGGGUUAUGGGGCACAGAAUUAUUCGAACGAUCUAAUAUAUUGAUCAUACUUGAAUUUCACAAUUUUCAGAGCCAUCUACGUAGCCUUUGACAAAUUUAUUGACACGGACGCAGACACAACCGAAGUGAACCUAAAACUUGAAGGUGACAUCUGGGUAAUAUUCAAAAAGUCGACCGGUCGAAUAUUAAUUGUAUUUUUACCGAAUUCACAAAGUACCACAUUGCCAGAGGUUGAGGGUCAUGUUAGUGCCAUUAUUGCCAAUUACUUCCAACAUGUUCACUUUUCUUGA